AGACGUGUGAAAGAAAAUAUAUGCAAUUAAAGGGUUGAGUGGUAUUUUUAUGGGUGCGAUUAGAAUCCCCCAUCCACAAAGCCUCUGCAUAUUGAAGAUCUUGAGAAAGGAGAAAAAAAACUCAACUCAAGUCAACAAUGGAGGGGGAGAUGAAAAACUUCGUAUUUGUAUGGACAACAGUCUUGGCAUCUCUCCUUCUCUGCCGCAAAAUCAGUAAAGUUAUAGCACCAGGUACAACACGUCUUUUAGCAUUCAUCCCUGUCUUCUGCAUCUUCUUCUACCUCCCUCUCCUCCUUACUGCUGUUCAUCUCUGCGGUACUACUUCUUUCUUCAUAACCUGGCUUGCAAACUUCAAACUGCUGUUGUAUGCGUUUGAUAAAGGUCCUUUGUUUUCAAAUCCACCUCUCCCUUUGUCCAAAUUCAUCCUCACUGCUUGCGUCCCGAUCAAAAUCAGCGAUAAAUCCCAAAAUAAGAAGAUAUCGACUCAACUUAAUGGAAAAUCUGACGAAUCUCAAGCUAAUGGACGCCGAUCAGAAGGAAAAUCUGACGAAUCUCAAGUCAAUGGAAAAUCUGAAGAAUCUCAAGCAGGUGGAGCUUCGAAAAAGGGAAACAAAUCGCCGAUCAAUUACUCUGUCAAGUUUAUGGUGUUUGUUUUGUUGCUGAAGAUUUAUGAAUAUGGAGAUCAGUUACACCCUCUAAUGAAAAUGGCUCUGUUUUGUGUUCAUAUUUAUGUGGUUCUAGAUGUAGGUUUAGCCAUGGUUGCGUAUUUAGCUCGAGCUAUUGUUGGUUUCGAGCUCGAACCACAGUUCGAUGAGCCGUAUCUGGCUACAUCUCUACAAGAUUUUUGGGGAAAGAGAUGGAAUCUAAUGGUUACAGGUAUACUUCAUCCAACCGUGUACCUUCCAGUCCGAUCAAUCUCCGGUAGAUUUCUAUCGAGAGAUUUAGCCUCGCUUCCGGCAGUAACGGCCACGUUUAUCGUCUCCGGUUUGAUGCACGAGUUAAUAUUUUAUUACCUUGGACGACUAAAACCCACAUGGGAAGUCACAUGGUUCUUCGUGAUUCACGGCGUGUUGGUGAGUUUGGAGUUGGUGGUUAAAAGGGCGGUGGGUGGAAGAUUCCGUCUGCCGGCGUUGGUUUCCGGGCCGCUGGCGUUGGGUGUGGUGAUGGCCACCAGCUUCUGGUUAUUCUUUCCGCCGUUCUUGCGGUGUGAGACGGAACUCCGGUCGUGUAAAGAAUUGGUUGCGUUCAUGGAACUUGUUGUUCGUGGAAGAUUUGUUGGUCCAAAUGACGUAUCUUGCCCUUACUAUUGAAGCUAAACGCGCCAAAGAUAGGAGGGUAUAUAAGACUUUUUGCUUUUAAUUUUUUAUUUAUUACUUACUUCACCUUACAUAUAAUUUUUGCUGUAUUUUCUCUUUUCUUUUAUCCUUUUUAAGCCUAUCACGUUAGCUUUCAAUAUUAAUUCAAAACAUACAUGUAAUAAUUUAAAAAUAAUUAUCAAAUUCUCUUCUUUGAUUUUCACAA